AUGGGUCAAUCGUCAACGCACGCAGGCACUUCCCAUUAAUUUUCUAUUUCUUUCUUGUUUUUCUGCAACCUACGCGAAACUUCGCACCUCGAAGGAACAACUCUCAGGACUCUGGCAUUCCAACUGCCCUGCCCUUUUCCUCUUCUGCAUUCUCUCUGUAAUUUCAAUAAACACUUCUUGUGCAAUGGAGGAUGGAGGAGAAAAAGUGUCCUCUCAACAACCACAGGGAGCUUCUUAUACUUACUGGGUCAGAGAAGCCACGCCCGACGCCGUGCCUCUCCCUGUCCCUAAAAUGCUUUCCCAAAAUGAUAUUGUUUCUCAAAAUUCAGACCCCGCAACCCUCGGCUCUGUUUGGAACCGGGCAAUAAAUGGUGUGAUGCCUGAUCUUGAUGCUCGGUGCGCUGUUGAAUUGAUUUUGGCAGGGACCUGGGAGGAGAAAAGUCUUAAUAAGUGGGCAAGCGACAGAAUUAAGGAGUUGCUUAUCACAGUGGGCACCCUUGAGUUCACUGGCGGCAAGGCGGAAAUAAAAGAAGUGUCAAAUUGCAUAGGCGAUGCAUUUUUGGUGACUGUUCGAAACAAGAAACGUGUUGGCUACACUUAUGAGUUGACGCUGAAAGUCAAAGGAGAAUGGAUUAUUCAAGAGGAGAAAAAGAUGGUCAAGGGCCGUAUAGAGAUCCCAGAGUUCUCAUUUGGUGAGCUGGACGAUUUGCAGGUAAUAUUGUUGUUCACCAGAGAUAUUAUGUUAGCAAAGCUAAGUGGUGAUUGUGAUCUUGUAAAGCUCUUGGUUUGUUAUGAGAUUGAGGAGAGAGGAGAGAGAUUACACAUCACUGAAGGCUGAACUUAAUGUUUAUCAAUAGUGCUGUUCCCUAUUUGUGGACAAAUAAAUAUUUGUCAAUAUUAUUGAUCGAUAUUGUCCUUAUCUUUUCAAUCUGAUGGUUGAAAUAAGUUAAGAUAAAAGAGCUGUUGAUCCUAUUUCACUGGUGAAAUUGGAAACUUAAAUGGAACCCUUUUUCUAAGGUACGAGGCUUUCAAUUAAACAAAUCCAAAAACUAUGCUUUGCCAA